AUGAUCAUCUCCAUGCACGAUCCAUCUGCUCAGUGGGAUGUGUUAACUGAGGACGAGAUUAAUGUUAUCAAAGGCAGAUGCGAGGAGUUGCUGGACUGGUUCACCUACUUGGACGCGGAAAAUCUUACGAAUUACGAGGUUGUCAUUCCGAAGGACUAUCUACAGAGACGCCGGGAUAAGCCAUGUUUCGAUCCUCAUCAGAUGAAGGACAUUGCUGAUCGUUUUGAAGAGAAGGGCGACAUCUUUUUCGAAAGCGAGUUUGACAUGACUCGAGAACAGCUGAUACUUGAAACCUACUGCAGUCCGAUAGAUUGCUGUUUGGCCCUCACUAUGGCUUACUGUGAGGUGAGCGGUUGGCCGUAUUCGUGUGACUGGAGUGCAAUCCAGUACUCAAAUAAGACUUGGACUGAAGAGGAACAAAACGAGUUUGACAAGCUAACACGAGAAGAAGCAAAGCGACAAUGGGACGCUACAAAGGCCUUUGUCAUGGAUCCAUCGUCAACCGGUUUCCAACCGAGUGAUCAUAUGAGGCAAUGCGCUGUAAUGGAAAAUCAACUCAAGGCUUUGAUGGCAACCGCGGACAAGGUUCAUGCUGAAAUGCAAGAGCUCAUCUCUGCCAUGGGUGCCACUGCUUUGGCUGAAAAGCAUGAAGAAGUUGUGAAUGAACGUCGAGAAGCGAUCAACAAACUUGUGCCACCAAGCUUACGCGAAAGACCAUCGCUGACAGAAGAGGAGUUGGCAGAGAUUGGAUUGUGA